AUGGCCCGCCGUCGCUCUAAUACACCACGAUCUAAUACCGGAUUCGUAUUUCCUAUUCAGCUACCAGUCCUACAUCCGCCUCGCUUAAAGCGCAAGGUUAAUAACCCCAGCUCCAAUACUCUACCACCAGCUGAACCCACCGUUGGUUGUAUGCCGCCCGUUCGAAAUCACAAGAGGAGCAACACUCUGGAGCUUCCUGAUAUAGAAAACGAAGACGAUACGGUCCCACAGAUACGUUAUAAACCCCUGAACGUCGAACUCGAGCGUGGUGGCAAGCCUGGGAAGCCUCUAUACAGAGUGGGUUCCGAUAAGAAGCUGGAAGAUGGAAAAGAUGACGCAUACAUGCAGGCGCAGCAUGAGAUCGAACCGCCGAAUUUAAUUCAAAUCUUUGCUUCUCCCAGGACGGCCGCUCUGGAGCUUUCUUUUGAGGAACCUGCGAUCUCAUAUGCACCCCAAGAGUACAAGGACUCCUACUUCCCCGAGUCGCCUGAGUUUUAUGCUGAACAACUUGAAGAGCUUGUUGUUCGUGCAGCACGGUCCCGGGCACAACAUCGCGAGCGUCUAGCACGGCGGUGGGAAAAUAUGUGCAAUGCCCGACUUCGAUUCUUGCGCGAGCAGGCGAUUCAUAAUCGUAUGUUGGCUGAGCUAUCUGCUGCCGCAACGUGCUCGCCCGUCGCCCACCCUUCCCCCUUCAACGUCUUCCCCGCGACCCCAGUCGUCCCGUCUAGCUGCGAUGAACCUCCUUCACCAUCAGAAUCUUUUGGUGCGCCCUUGUCUCGGAUGAGCUCGCCCUCGCCGUAUGCUACAUAUGGGGAAUCGAUAGACCUCGCGGCCAUGCAAUCGGCGGAACACCGCCAACAAAUUCUGAGCGACCUGGGCUCAUAUGACUCGCGCCCUCUCGUCGAGCGCAUCAUAGAAAGUAUGGACGAGUUCGAAUACGACGAAAUAUGCGUCGACGGACUGAACGAGGCUGAGUGCCGACAGUUGCGUGCGGAGAGCCGAAAGCGCAGGCGACUGGGUCGUCAGCGGACGUUUGAGCUCGGAGUUUUGUUGGAGCUGAAACAUCGGCAGUUGGGCAGAAGCCGGUCCUCGAGCUCGUCUUCUAUGUCGUCCGACUCCUCAGAUUCGUGCUCAGAUUCGUCAGAACCGUCGACUCCGACUGCCUCCCCUUUGGCAGUUCGCUCAGUCGACCAGCUCGUUGCAAAGAUGCUUAUGAAAAGGCGUGAGGCGGGACUCCGACCCUGUACAUCGGCCGUAGCCGUGAGAGCUGCGUUUCAGGCAAGAGGAUGCAGUUCGUUGCGUAGAGUCGUGGAGGUCAGUACUCCUCAGAGGAGAGGGCGAAGUCGCUCCGAAUCAGCCAAGGCGACUUUUUCUGAUCUGCUUUCAUUUUCGGGUGGGGUGUUUGGGCUCGGCAGCACAACAUGGCUCAAGGAAAAGAAAAGAUAUGCUGCUCUGGAUAUAGAGUAA